CAUAUUUCAUAAAUUCAUUCAUUUUUUGUGGGCGGACGGCAGACGUGUUGUAUGUUGAUAAAUUCGUAACUAUUUUAUUUACGUUAUUUUUAAGGAUAAAUAACAAUUUGAAAGGUUAAAUUUAUUUGUAAAAAUCAGUUAAUAUUUAAGCUAAAGUGCUGAAUUGUGUAGAAGCAGUGAUUGAGGGAAACCUAGUUCGCCCUCAUUUAAAAAAUUAAAUCGUGUCGUGUUUGGUCUAAGUACCACCGCCAGUUGCUAUUUUUCGUAGGUGUGUUUUGCAUGUGUGUACUCUAUGGCGUCAUUAUCCUUGCCUCGAGUCCUUCAGUUGAAGAAGAACAGCUUGGAUGCUGAACGCGAGCAGUUUGAGAAGUUUCAGCGCCACAGCUCGGCACUUAACUAAUGCAUGCAGCUGAUUCAGACACCGCUCUCCACUAACACGCUAUGGCGAACCCCAACGACAAGCGCUUCUAUCAGCUGACAUUAGCUAUACAGAAGGCUAUCAACGCCAACGAGACUCCGGUCAAAGAGAAACAUGUUCGGAGCACUCUUAUUGGGACCUUCAAGGAACAAAGCGCCGUCACCUACUGGAUGGUCGCCAUACGUCUCCCGCUACAAGAGAACCGCAUCGUGGCAUGGAAGUUUUGUCACGUGACACACAAACUGCUGCGCGAGGGUCACCCCGCCUGCCUCGAUGACUCGCAGCGACAUAUUGGCAUGAUCGAGAACUUGGGGAAGCUGUGGGUACAUUUACGCGAAGGCUACGGCAAGCUAGUUCACCUAUACUGCAACUUGUUGGUGUGCAAGCUGAAGUUCCACGCGCGCAACCCUCGCUUCCCCGGCAACAUGCAGCUCACUGCUGAGGAGUUGGACGCCAUCGCGGAGAACGAUGUCAAUAACUAUUUCCAGCUCUGCGUGGAAUUGUUCGACUACAUGGAUGAAAUUUUGAAUUUGCAAGCAGCAGUAUUCGACAGCUUGGGCAACGCGCGCGCUAACUCGAUGACUGCGAGCGGGCAGUGUCGGCUGGCGGCGCUGAUCCCGUGCGCCCAGGACGCGUCGCAGCUCUACGACUGCAACGUCAGGCUGCUGUUCCGACUGCACGCCUCGCUGCCCUCCGACACCCUCGCCGGACAUCGGGAGAGAUUCCGACAACAGUUUAAGAAGUUGAGCUCGUUCUACAAGCACGCCAGCAGUCUCCAAUACUACAGGAACCUCCUCACGCUGCCCGUCCUCCCUUCCAACCCACCUAACUUCUUGCAACAGUCUGACUUCGGUACAUACGUGACUCCAGUAGUUACCAUCCCAGAGCCGCCGCCAGACGAGAUCGACUCCGUUGGUUCCCUCAUCGACACCUCAGAUACUAUGAGUCAGGCAACUAUGGACAAUCUAGAAGACUUCGACCGUCCCUCGCCGUCUCCACAGCCCGACCCAAUCGUAGAACGCGACCGACUCAUCGACCACUUGCAAAACGAACUCAAGAGGAUGAGGUCGGAAGUGUCACAGUUGGUUCAAGAAAGAAACACAAUGAUAGGAUCUAUGAGGGAGCACUGUUCACGUAUUGAAAGCCAACUGCAUAAUGCCAAGGUAGAAUUAGAAGAAGAAAAACAUAAAGCGGAAAUAUUGGCUGUACAAACACCAGAAAUUAAACAAAAACUGACGGAAACCGAAGAGAAAGCCAAAGUGACAGAUGAGAAGUUCCAGAAGUUAAAAGGAGCGUACACACAGCUUAGGGAAGAACACAUUACUUUAAUAAGACAGAAAGCGGAGGUGGACAAAUUGUCAGCCAGUCUACGGGCGGCCGCCGCGCAACAUGAGAGUGCCAAGCUAGCGCUGCAGCAACAACUUAAUGAUAGGAACAAAGAUGUUGAACUACUCCAACAAAGUGCGUCAUCAAGCGAAGAAAUUGAAGCUUACAAAUCAGAGAUUUUAAGUCUCAGAACUGAACUCGAACAGUCCAGACAGAAAGAACUGGAGUUAGAAACGUUAAAAGCUUCCAUGGAGGCUCUAGAAAUAGAACACAACACAGCAACAAAAGAACAAGAAGAAAAACUAACAACUGUCACCAAUGAAUUGAAGGAAACUACAGAAACUUUAGAGAAAAUCAAACAAGAGAAGGAAGAGAGAGAAGUAGAGUUGAGUAGAGUUAAAGAAGAGUUGGUAGGAUUACGGGAGAGCAGUGGAGAGGAGUAUAAAAAGGUAGUAGAAGAAAAGGAGGCGGCGUUGAAACAGGUAGCGGAGUUGCAGCAACAGCAUUUACAAGAAAAGGAGGAAAUAAGAGAAUUAAAUACUGAAUGCGAGAAAUUGAGACUUGAAAUGGCGACUAAAAGUCUUGAGUUCGAUAAUAAUAUUAGUGAAAAAGAAUCCAAAAUUAAGGAAAGUUUAGAUGAACUAGAAAAGUUGCGUGUCGAGUUGGAAAGUACUAAAACUGAUUAUGAAAGUAAAAUAAAUGAUAAUGCUACUGAGAUGUCUAAGCUUCAAGAAAGAAUUGAUGAGCUGGUUCAGUACCAAGUCUCAGCCGAAACUCUGAAAGCAGAACUGGCUAAAGAUGGAAAUGAACUAAGUAUAAAAGUAAAAGAACUAUUACAAGAAAAAGAAGAAAUACAAUCUAGUCUUCAAGAAAAGCUGACAGAAAUUUCUAGUCUUGAAACUAAGCUAAAAGAUUUAGAGGAAACUAAGAAUCAAGAAGUAAUGGAACUCAAAGACGAAAUACAGAAGACUAUUGAUGAAAAGAAUACAGAAUUAGAACGUCUACAAGCCGAGCUUGAAGAGAAAUCAGAGUUCGGCCAAAGACAACUAUCUGAAACCGAAAGUUUAUCUAAAAAUAUUCUUGAACUCGAAGCAACUAUAAAAUACACUAACAUUCAAUUACAGGAACAAAAGGCGUCAUACGAAAACCAACUAAAGGAUUGCAACUGUGAAAUAACAAUUCUAAAAGAAAAGCUACAAACAGUAACUGAGAGUAAAGACGAAAUCAUUGCUAACAUGAAGAUCAUGGUAGCUGAGAAAGAUGGCCAGGUUAUAGCACUAAACGUUGAAGUCACUCAGUUAGCCGACGAGAAUACUAGACUCAAGGAUGAAUUAAACGAAACACAGGCAGAGUUAGAAAUCGGAAGAAAUGAGUUUUUGACGUUGAGAGAAGAACACGAAAAUAUCGUGAACAUGAAUGAAAACAAUUUAAUCAUCAAAAAUCAAGAAUUGAGAGACUUGCACGACAAAAUAAAUGAACUUACAGCGCAGAAAACCGAAGUAGAACAAGAAAAAGUAAAAAUAUCAAAUGAGAUGAACUUGGAGAAAGAGGUAUUAGAAAGCAAAAUAUUGGAACUGACGGUUACUCAUGAUAACUUGAUCAAAACUCACGAGGAGGAGAAAUCCGAGAAAGAAGCUCAAGUGACUGAACUGAACAAUGAAAUAAGCAAUCUGAAGUCAGAGUUUGAGCAGUUCAAGGAUGAAAAAGAGAACGAGAUCCAUUCAUUGAACGAUAAAAUACAAAGCCAAGAAGCUAGUUUCAAUGAACAAGUUGCUUUGAAGGACGCAACUAUAGCUGAGGCCGAGUCAAAUAUACAAAAGCUGAAGGAUGACUUGGAAGAAUUACAGCAGCAAAAAUUGAAAGAGAAGGAAGAUAUGGAUAACAUAAUGUCUGAGAGAGAACGCGAGAGACAGUUGUUGGAGACUAGGCUAGGCCACGCGGAGAGUAAGAGAUUGAAUGCCGAGUGUGAAUUACAGGAUUUGUUGCAACACAAUACUGUGCUCGAAGCCGACUUAGCGGCUUUGAAAAGACAACUGGAAGAGGCGCAGAAGGCGUUGCAAAACCAGACAACGCGGCUAGUAACGUGCGCGGGUGAGGUAGCGCUCGAGGUUGCCAAUGGAGCGCUGGAGUCCUUCGAGAAUGGGCAGGCGGGCGACACCGUCACCGCGGCCGCUGACCUCGCUGCUAAAGCCUUGGACGAGCUGGCCAGGCACAUUGAAGUCUCCGGUAACGAGGAGUCGGUGUUGAAGUCUGCGAUGUUCGCAGCGCACAACACGGCGCAACUGUCUGCGUACGUCGCCGAUGUGAGCAACGUGUCCACUGAUAUAGCUCUAGCUGAAAAACUAAACACCGAAUGCCGAUCAAUGUUGAUGGCGACGAAGGAAUGCUUAGAAUCUAUAAAGGGUGGUAGUAUAGUGGGCUCGCAUUGCUCCGACGCGCGGAGUCGCGUGCGCAGCCUGAUGACGUCAGCCGCCGCCGCCGACCGCCUCAACAGCGGCGCCAGGAGCGUCGACGACGAACUCGCCGAUAUGGACAAAGCUAUUGAAGAGGCGGCCUCGCAGAUUGAGAACAUGCUAGCAGCGACUCGCGCCGGCAGUUCGGGAGUCAAACUCGAAGUCAACGGCAAGAUCCUGGACGCGUGCACCACUUUGAUGGGAGCCGUGAAGAUCCUCGUGCAGGACGCUCGCAAACUGCAGAAUGAACUGGGCGACCCCAAGACUAGGCAGAAAAUGUACCGAAAGAACCCGCAGUGGUCUGAAGGGUUGAUCUCAGCGGCUAAAGCUGUUGUAUUCGCUGCUAAACUGCUAGUGACGUCAGCAGACGAGGCAGUGGGUGCAUCGGGGCAGGUGGAGGGCGUGUCUGCGGCGGCGCACGAGGUGGCGGGCAGCACGGCGCAACUAGUGGCGGCGUCCAGGGCCCGCGCCCCGCCCGAGUCGCCCGCGCUGGCCAGACUCACGCAGGCCAGCCGGGCCGUCGCCUCCGCCACCGGAGCCCUCGUCGCCGCCGUCAAGGCUGGCUCAGCUCUUGUGCUCGAACAAGAGGCUCUAGACACGUCUGCCCUGUCCCUGACGGCGACCCGUCGCCUGGAGAUGGAGAGUAAGGUCCGGUCGCUGAAGCUGGAGACGGCGCUGGACGCCGAGCGCGCGCGACUGGCCGCGCUGCGGAAGAGGCACUACCAGCUCGCGCAACUAGAAGAGAACGGAAACGUGGAAAACGGCAAGGAUUGAUUGUUUCCUAAAGGUUACGAAUGAAAACGACCAACAACAGUUCGAUGGUUAACUACAAGUUUUAUUAAACUAUCAUUACCACGGUCCCGUUAAUUCUUUUUGAAGACAUUUUGUACUUGCAUUUUUAUAUACAUUAUAUUAUACAACGAAUUUUUUACAUCUUGCUUGCCGAUUGCUCAGUGUAGUCAGUUUAGUGACGAGCGAACGUCUUCCCGGCGGACGACAAUCAGUAAUAAUGAUAAUUAUACAAUUUACACUGUAACUAAUAGCAUUUUAAUCAAAUAAUUCACUACUAGGCGCUUAUUAGCCGACUACAUAAUAACUAAUGUAAUACCCACGAUAAUGUCUAUAUACAUACGUAUUUUUGUUAUAAUUAAUUAGAAUACAUACAAGGAAUUUCCUUUUCGGAAGUAAAUCAAUGAAAAUAUACCAAAAAAAAUUACAAAAUUAUUUUUAGCAGCAUGAUAUAAUUUUCGUCUUUUGGCCAAAGUAAUAAAAGAUUUCCUUGUCCUCUGUAUCCCAAUUGUGCACAUUCGCUCUUAACCGAGUCACAAAGUCAAAUAAAUUGAAUUGUUCGUAAUAAGAGUAAGUUAAAAGAAAAAAAUACUUCGAACGCAUUUUAUUGCUCAAAAAAUCAAUCUUAACGCCAUUGUUUUACGGUCGAUUAACCUCUGAACGCUCCAUCGCCAAGAGGAUAUACAUGAUUGAUAACAAUUAACUGAAUCGAUACUAAUGUUCAUAGAAUUGAUAGGUUGUAGUAUUGUAAUACCUUAGUGUGUUUAGAAAAGGACUGAGGCGCGCGUUAGGCUCGACAAGCCUUUAAACUGUACUGAUCCCCACGAUGGUUGAGUCUGCAUAAUCCCGAGACUUUAAGCUUUAAGCAACAAGACUAAGGAUCACCCACUGGAUAAGCUCUAUCUACCAGUAAUAAGGUUCACAUUUGUUUGAUACAAGUGCAUUAACUGGAACUUAUCUAUAGAUGGCAAAAAUGUGAAUUGUCUAUGUACCUUUAUGUAUAGAUGUUUUAUUAUUACUAAUUUAAUUGUUAAUUUACACAAUCGUGUGUUAUGAGACGCCCAUUGUUUACGAGUAGCCAAGCGUGUCAUCCACUCCGAUAGCCGAUACUAUUUCUAUAGAUUAAGUACCUACGUAAGCGUGUGAUCACAAUAAUAUGAAGCCCCUAGAAUAUCACACUAAUAUUAGCUGUUAUUGUAAGUGUAAUUUCAUAUAAAUGUACUAUUGAAUUGAUACCUACGUUCAGAUUCGCCUGCACGGCUCGUUUGUAUUAUUUAUUCCUUACGUUUUACAUUUACUAAUAAAUUAUACACAUGUGACACAAAUA